UUUCGUGCUGCAUACUGUGAGCCCGAAGCUAGCGAUUUACCACAUAAAAUAUAUGCCUUUGAACCUACCAGGCAUGUCAGUGAUGUGCUAUGUGGCAGCACUCGCGGUAUCAUAUUUAUUGUUGGCCUUGGGUCGAAUGGAUAUUUAUGACUACCAGUCCGUUAUGUGUAUGGUCACUGCAUAUACAUUAUACUUUACGAUGAUGGCCAGCUUCUUUUGGCUGAACAUCAUGUCCUUUGAUAUCUGCUGGACGUUCGGUGGAAGUCGUGGGCGGACGAGUGAACGGAGAAAGUUUCUGUAUUAUUCUCUGUACGCAUGGGGUGUACCGCUGCUACUUCUUUUGUUGAUUCUUCUCUUCGAUCAUACGGAGCUCAUAAGCUGGAAUCAUCGACCGAAUAUUGGCGAGGAAGGAUGUUUCCUCAAAGAAAAAAAGGUGACUCAGUUUAUAUACAUGUACUUACCGCUACUCUUAUUGGUCACUGCGAACAUAUACUUCUUCGCUAUCACCGCCAAACGUAUAUACGAAGCAGAGAAGGCAAAUGUUGUUAUGAUGAAAGGCAAUUCGAGGCGCCACUCGAAGUUUGAAAAGGAUCGAAACAGAUUCGGACUAUAUCUACGCUUGUUCACCAUCAUGGGCGUAACCUGGUCACUAGAAAUAGUAAGCUGGCUGGUGACUGAGCCGAAUGCUCCUAAUCCGUCAUGGGUAGUAUACCUUCUGGACGUUUCCAACUGCCUUGCGGGCAUAGUAAUCUUCUUCCUGUUCGUCUGGAAGCAAAGAAUAAAGAAGCUGUUCGUUCAGCGAUUCAACAGGGUAAUAGGAUCUUCGGAAACAAGCUACAAUCCCAACAAUACCGGCAGCGUCCAAUCGACUGAUCUAACCCAUUCCAAGGGGAUGAGUAGCAUGCAUCACACUUUCAAACACAUUUAAACAUUAAAUAUGAUUCCGGGAGGCUGACCCAACACUCAUUUCAAACAUUCGGCCAGCGCUUGACAUUACAUGAAAUCAUAUGCUUGACUUGAUCUUUAGAACCAAUUAUGCUCGCCGAAAGCUCAUUUGAUCAUCAAUUUCGUUCAGCGUUCGUGCUUGUUGUUCGUACGAAGGACGACAAGUGCUUUUCAUUGUCAUUUCUAUGUUACUUAGGACAUAAUACGACGAAGAGAACGAUGAUUUUCUUCAGACACCUUUUCAAACCAUGGUAGGACCGUAGUUUAUUGAAAUAUACU